ACUAUAAAUACAGCUACAAUAGAAGCAGGUCAACUAUAUCGAUCAGAGAGAUUAAAAAGCCGGCUGGAGCGGAGGCUGACGUUUAUAAACGACACAGCUGAGUGUUUAAUGUUCACACGCUGCUGUACUCAUUCACAGUUUGCUUACUUUGUGUAGCCGUUUGGCAGUUUGGCUUGUCAACAACGUAAACAAGCUCCAAAUACUUGGCUGUCAGCUAUCAAUAACCAGCCAUGGCUAUCGAUAAAUCCAAAGUGGCUAUCGGGUUCAUAGUGGCGGGGGUCCUCACGGUGUUCUUUGGGACGCUGCUGACUUUUGUGGGACCCAUAAUCAUCGAUGAUCAGAUAGUGAAGAACACAGUGAUCGACCCGAAGAACGAGAUGUCCUACACCAUGUGGAAGGACGUCCCUGUGCCGUUCUACAUGUCUGUCUAUUUCUUCAACGUCCUCAACCCUAAAGAGAUACUGAACGGAGAGAAGCCCAUGGUGGAACAGAAAGGACCCUACGUGUACAGAAAACGCAUUCAGAAAGACAACAUCACGUUUCAUUCCAACGGCACAGUGUCCUACAGGGAGUACAGAAGAUACUUCUUCGAGCCGACCAUGUCUUCAGGGAACGAGUCCGAUGUCGUCACGAUUCCAAACAUGCUGGUGCUGGGUGCAGCAGUGAUGAUGGAAAACAUGCCCUUUGCAGUGCGUUUAAUGAUCAGCGCAACAUUCAAGACUUUCAAAGAGGGGCCCUUCCUGACCAAGUCAGUAGGGGAGCUGAUGUGGGGUUACGACAGUGGUCUGGUUGAUUUCCUCAAUAAAUACCUGCCCGGCAUGCUGCCCUCAUCGGGGAAGUUUGGCCUCUUUGCUGAGUUCAACAACUCCAACACCGGCCUGUUCACCAUCCACACCGGACAAGACGACAUCAGGAAAGUCCACAAAGUCGACUCCUGGAACGGCCUGACGGAGCUGCCCUACUGGAGGACUCCUCAGUGUAACAUGAUCAAUGGAACAGCUGGACAGAUGUGGCCUCCCUUCAUGACCAGAGAGAGCACGUUACCCUUCUACAGCCCCGACGCCUGCAGAUCUAUGGAGCUUGUUUACCAGCGUGAUGGAGUGAUGAAGGGUAUCCCUCUGUAUCGAUACGUUGCACCCAAGACCUUGUUCGCCAACGGGACAGAUUACCAACCUAAUGAAGGCUUCUGCCCCUGUAGACAGUCCGGUCUGCUCAACGUCAGCAGCUGCAGACACAACUCUCCAGUCUUCAUCUCUCAUCCUCACUUCUUUAACGCUGAUCCGGUGCUGCUGGACUUCGUGCAGGGCCUCCGUCCAUCAGAGGAAGAGCACGGCCUCUUUAUAGACAUCCACCCACUCACGGGCGUCCCUCUAAACGUGUCCAUCCGCCUGCAGCUCAACCUCUACAUGAAGAAAGUGUCAGCGAUUACAGAAACUGGCAAGAUUUCUGAGGUGGUGAUGCCAAUGAUCUGGUUUGAGGAGAGAGGCUACAUAGACGGCCCCAUCCUCACCACGUUCCACACAAACCUGGUAGUCCUACCUGCUGUGAUGGAGUACAUGCAGUACGGCUUCAUCGCCCUCGGCCUGGCCACGAUAGUAAUCGCUGCCCUGAUGCAUCACAGACUGAAGGCCUCCGCUAAAGAACGAGUAGAAGGCGCACAUUACCAUGAAACAAAGGAGAAAUGUAUCAAAUAACUCAGAGAGGUAAAUGUGAAGGUGGCACCUCAACAGAUGGAAACAAGAGCACUUCAACCGAAGAGAGAGAACCUCUACUACGACAUGACAUGGACUGACAAACGCACACACACACGCACACACAGAGCUGGCAUUGUGCACUCACUGAUUUGCCAACUUUAUUCCACUAUCUUGAACUGGAACACUGACACAUGGUGCUCUGCUCGGUAUAUUUCAAAGAGACUUGCACACAAGUGAAGUGAUGCCAUAUUUUAGUAUUCUGUAAAGUUGAUGACACUCAAAGACUCUCUCCCACUUCUUUAAGUGUGUUUGCGUUGAGGCUGUUUGGGUUGAGACUGUUCUGUCUCUUUAAGGCGGGACGUAUGAAGAUGCUCUGUCACUUAAAAACACUUUUUUUUUUUUUUUUUUACUAAGUUCUACCAAAAAAAGACAUUUCCAGCGUGUUAAUUUUGCUCUGCUCAGUGUUCAUCAGCGUUGAUCUGAAACAUUUUAUAGUUUUAUCACUUCAUCAAGGGCAGUAGACAGUUACUGUGGUGGCUUUUUUUUUUUUUUUUUUACUGUGAUUUUAAAGAAAUGUUUCUGCAUCAACAACAAGGGAACUUAAUGGGCAGAAAAGCUGACUGUAAGGUGUACUGUAUUUUACUACCAAUGUGCCAUCCUCAAGGUGGAAACCUCUUUAUCCAACUUACCUCUGGGUCCUUGUAUUUCAUGUGCACUGUAGGAGUUGAAACUGAAGAAUCAAACACUCCUCUGUCAUAUAGUGAGUCGAGCAGAGCGGACGCAUUCCUGUUUGUAUACUACUGUCUUCUGUAAAGGUGUGAAUGUAUUUUUUGAUGCAGUUUGGUGUCAAAUGCCUCCUUUAUUAUAAAUAAGUGAAUGAAUGAAGAUUAACUUGGAGGUAAUAAAUGUUCCAUUGUUUAAAAUA